UGUAGGCGGUGGUUAGCGCACUCGGGAAGACAGAAAAGAAAAGAUGAGUUAUGAUAAUUAUGACAGAUGACUUGACAUACUAAUGUUUAUCAUACAUAAAAAUAAUAGAUGAUAGUGAACAAAAUGCAAAAUACGGGAAUGCAAACAGGAAAUUUAGUUUUUAUUUAGAGAGAAUGAGAGGUAAAAGAAUACAAGGGAGGUAAGGGCUAGAAAUGAACAAAUAUGAACACUAACUUUGCGAGCGAUGUGUGUGUGAGAGAGAGAGAGACAGAGACAGAGAGAGAGAGAGAAUACAAAAAAUCAUGGCGGCAAGUUAAUGAACUCAAACACGCAAAGGAUAACGGAAAGACAAAGUUUCGAGGAAAGCCACUUCCUGCUGUUAGACGGAUGCGACAACAACACAAGUUCCUCCACCAGAAUAGCAUCACCUACCCCACCAGGAAAACAUGAACAGGUAGAGAUAGGCUACCCUGGGUACAGAGGCGAUAAGGGUAACCAGAGGCACCGUGCGCCGCGCACCCGCAUACGGUAUUUGAGGGGUGGGGUUUCGUACGGUUCACGCGUGCACACCCCUUUAGCCACCCGAGUGUGUAUCUAGUGUAUAAAGAUGUUUUGCGGCGAUGAAUAAUUCCACAGCACGAUGAGUUCAACUCGGAGACUAUUGCGAUGUCAGGUGAAUUCACAAUAAGAAGGAUCUGCUUCUGUUACUGUAUGUAUGAUACACAACAGCAAACGAUUCUCUAGAGGCCCCCACCCGUUUGUUAUGCCCUCCCACCAAUCAAAAAAGGAAAAAAAAAUGUGGUAAGUGUUGUGUCUAUAGAGUCUACAAGCUUCGUUGCUUACUGUGAACUGGAUCCACCGCCUCGUGUGGCAGGUGACUGUGGGAUCGUAUGAAUGCCAGGAGUGUGUUAGUCCAACCUGGAACUUCGUCAAAAUGCCAAAAGUGUUUAUGAUCCGAAAACGGCCGAGCUGUGAUGACGGGUGCUCACCCUCUACCCGCAAGAUACCCAGGUGGCACAGCAGGCAGGUGACUGUGGAGAAGGCCUUGGAGCUUUGGCAAAACAAGAAUGUGCUCUUCGAACAGGACUUUGGAGAUGUUCGCGAUGGAAUUGAACCAACACGGCAGGGGGAGCCACACGGUCUUCACCCAGCUUCUCCAUCCGCGCCACGGCCGGCAGAAGAUGCUCAGGAGGUCCCAGAGAGGCCCACACAGCAUCAGCUGCUGCAACAACAACAACAACAACAACAACAACAACAACAACAACAACAACAACAACAACAGCAGCAGCAGCAGCAGCAGCGGCAGCAGCAGCAACAACAGGAACAAUGUGUUGACUACACCAGCCCCCUGUCGACAGAGACCGGGUCUCCGAGGUCUGAGGUCACGGCCACCCCCAGGUCGAGUGCCUUGUCCUCGCCGACUGGUUCUGUCAGCCCCCUGGAAACAGUUACAUCGCCGCUCUUUACCAGGAUGAAAUACUUUUUCUCGUCUUCAUCCUCAUCGUCAUCCUCAUCGUUCUCCUCAUCUUCACCGCCAUCGUCUUUGCCACCAACGACACCAACAAAAGAGCCCCGAAGAGCAGCGCCAUCGCCGGCAUCCAGAGCAAACAAGUCACUAACAGAAACAUUCCAAGCAGGACAGGUGCCACCGUUCAUGACGUCACCAUUGUUACCCAGGAGUCACCUGUCAUCCACGUCCUGCGGGCGAAGCUGUGUGUACAAAUGUUGUUCUCAGGCGGCGAGCAGGCUCAGCAGUUAUAUCCAUGGAAACCUGGAGAUACGCCAACACCGCAUCUUCCCAAAGACAACCCGUUUCCGGUCAGCACCACGUCACUCUGCCUGCAGCCCACAGCGCCCUCUACAUGUCAUCGGGUGCUGCCCCCUCACUGCCCGCUCCCCCUACCACCCGCGUUUGGACUGCACCCACUGCCCCUCCCCGGUCUCCCCUGGCCCUCGGGUGAUGGUGUCUACCACCCGGUUACCCACAGAAUACCCGUGGCGCACACUAGGGAGUUCGGGGUGUAUGGGAUUGUCGCCCCUGAGGAAGUGCCCUCACCGCCAGAGAGCGUGGUGCCGGACAUGCCCACCUCGCCUCUGUUGUGUAUGAGGUCGCCAGGUGCUGAGAGACCGUUUGGACUGCACGAUGCCAACAAAGGGUGGAUGUCAACAACAACGACAGGGAGGGGAGCAGGAGGCAGGGCUACAAGUCACCUUGUGGAGGGGAAGCCUUGGACACCAGCCUGUGUACAGAGCAAAACUUCAAGGCGCUGCUAGAGAGAGCCAACAUGUGUGUGGAGACUGUCAACGACGGCAAAGGUGUGAAGAACCCGCUGCUGACCUCUGACCAGCGCCACCCGCAGGUAGACAGAGGACGUGUGGGGUUCCUGCGGCUAGAGGCGUGCCAUGCGUGCCCGGUGUGUGGGGUGGCGUGCGACACGCCGAAGUUCCUCCACAAACAUGUCAGGACACACAAAGAGCUCAAGCGCUACCUGUGCUCCUUCUGCGGCAAGGGCUCCAACGACACCUUUGAUCUCAAGCGCCACACCAGGACGCACACAGGUGUCAAGCCCUACAAGUGCGACUCGUGUGGCAAGGCCUUCACCCAGCGGUGUUCUCUCGAGUCUCACUGUCGCAAGAUCCACGGACAGAACCUCCCCUUCGCCUUCAACGAGCGCCGAGCCAAGAUCUACGUCUGCGAGGAGUGCGGCCAUUCCACCUCCAGCCCAGACACCCACUUCCGCCACCUGCGCGCGCAGCAUCCGGGACAUCCGGCCCUGCUCAAGCACUACGAUCGCCGGCAGUUUAAGUUCGAGAAGGACAGAGGAGGGUGAAAAGGUGGAGGAGAAAGAAGAGGAGGACGAAGGAUGGUUGCAGGUGGAUGACACGAGCGAACACUGACAGUCGUGAAGCAGGAACGUGAGUCGCAGACUUUGUAACACGGACUGGGCCUGGUGAUGGAAGUGAAUAACAUGAUGAUUGCUAUGUUGGUAAACAUUCUUUGCUUCACCUGCCGAUGGUCCUCAAGAAAGAUUCAGCUGAGUUUUGUUUUCUUGUAAUAUGCAAAUGUAAAGGUCGGUCCAUGACUUUUUCAGGGUUAGAAAGUGAGGUGCGUGAGGAUGCCAUUGUCCACCUCCUCUUUCUCGCUGCCUUAUCUCCCCAACCCUCUCUGGAGUCAGGUACCCAUUCCUGCCAGAUGGGUGGACUGUGGAAGGGUGGGGGAAGGAGUAGCUGUACUACACGGGUAUCGAACCAACGCUCUAACCACUCGGAUACCCGCUUCCGGUUUUUCUAGUAAAGAAUUUGAGUUAUUUAUUUCUUGUAAUGGUACAUCCUUAAAGGCACAGACAUUCCACAAGAAAUAACAUUAUAAUAAUAUAUAAAGCAAAUAAAGCUUAACAAGUAUAAGCAAGUCGGGGGAAAAGACGUUUACUUUUUAAUUAGAAAUUCACCGAUGUGUUUCUACUCUUUUGACGAAAACCCAUGUACGACACAAGUUCCUCAAAAGUUUGUAUUGAAUAAAAGUCGAAUGACGAGUCCCUGAAGGUGGGCAGACAAUCGCUGCAUUUCAUGACCUUUUCCUUGCUUCUGAGCCCACUUCCGGCUGAAGUUGUGUUGUUGCUGCUGAUGUUAGUGCGAGGAUGAGGAAAGGGGUGAGGAAGGUUAGGGGAUGCUCAAUGACAUAAAACUGUCGAUACCUGUACAAUGUUUACUGACUGUAAACUAUGAAUGUUUACACACGUACACCAACUGUUUACAGACUGAAGACUUUUAUCUGAUCUCAUUGUUAUGGAAUUAUUAUAUGCAACAUCACUAAACAAAUGCACUGAUGUA